GGCAACGUUGCUUUAUUUAACCUUUUUCCUUCACCUUCUUACCCUUGUUGUGAAUGAGUGGAUCAUUCUGCUUGGGGGAGACGGCUAAUAAUACAACUGGUUGUGGAUCGUCUUCAUCAGAUAAUAGCAAAGGACCCUACCUAUACAACAAAGUUCAGUGAUACUGCUGCUGUUUGACAGUCCUUACAGCUGAAACUGUGUCUUUGUCCUGAAUUUUACCCUUUAAAAUGUAAAUGGUAUGUGUCAUGUUAAAAUAUGUUAAGAAUGAAUUGUUCUUGAUUUUCUUUUUUUUUUUUGGUAGCAUUCUUAAGCACUACAGCCAAGUGAUAUGUGGAAGUGUGGAUGAACUGGGACUCAUUAAGUGAAUAUAUAAAAUGAAUGAAGGGACUCAUUCAACUUUGUGACCCAGGUGUCUCAGACUUAAUGUCUCCAGUCAAUGAAGCCAACUCUCGAGCCAGGCUAAUCCUGUUUGAGGACCAGAGAUCAUCAGCUAAAUCCCCAUAAGAGCAGACGGCAGCAGAGCAGAGUUGUAUACCGAGACGCACGCUGAAGGAGUGGAAGCAUCGCAAUGAAUGGACUCUCAAACCAAAUGAUACUCAGCUGAUUGUAUACUGGAGGUAACACUUACAGAUAAAACACCUAAUUUCUGACACAGACCCUGGGAAAACUUCACCUGACUCACCACAGACACCAGCAAGACUAUCGAAAAUGGAUUCCUUCAUGUCACUCGGGGCGCCCCUGAAGCAGUUCACCAGCUGCGUGUCGGGGAAAAGCACCACCACCAAGAGGGCGGAAAAGAGGAGCCAGUCUGUCCGCAGAAACAGCUUCACCCGCAGGAAGAGCGUCAGCAGGAGGAGAAGCCUUCCCUGCAACACCCAGAAAGUCCCGGACUCGUGGCUCAGACUGUACCAGGAUGAACUGAAGAGAGAAAGGAAGCGACAGCAAGCUAUUCUUGCCAAGAAGAAUGCGGAGAGGUCGGUCAGGAGAACUCACUUCAGGAGCCACCACUGCCUACCAAGGCAGUCCACCCCAGCCAGGAAACCCGCCCCAGCCAAAGAUGAGUCCUUCUUUGGAGCCUUCCAAGGCCUCAGUCUGGAUGGACUGAUGGGAGGUAAUACUGGAUCUCCUGCCUUUGCUAGUCCUGCUGCUGCUGGUGGAGGAGAUCCCUGCAAAGUCAUGUGAGACCUAACACCUAAAGAACAAUCGGACUGUUUAAGUGAUCCUCAGGAGACUUGAAGGACAAAGGGCUCACGUUGGAGAGGUGACUUCAGUUAAAAAUAAACUGAGCUCACAGCUGAAAACCCAAGAAAAGGCUGGAGGAUAUUUGGAUUAGUCUUAAUUUAAUUAAGGGAAUAUUGCUUGUUGAUGUCUUGGUUUUUGUUUUGCAGAUUGUACUGUAUCAAUCUCUGCACAAUGUGUUUGUCUGCUUGAUGAGCAGAACUGUUUCUGUGAAAUAUGAAAGUUAUAAAAUCAUGUAAACCUCC